CCACACUUAGAUCAUCAUUGAAUCGAAGAACACGGCGUCACGAUGCUUGUUAGCCAAGACACGUCUUGGAAGAGGAACAUGACGGAUGACGUAUCCAAGCGGCCCGAAACUCCCAAUCAGACAACGACAGAGAAGUUGGAUCACCAAAUCCAGGCAGUUCGCCCAGAAGAAGCACGUUCAGAAUGCUCAUCCUUUGACGCUGUCGACACGACAGAAGUAAGUGAUGUUCGUCUGGCGUCAUGCAACAGUGCUGCUUGCUAACAGUGGAUCAAGGCCUAUCAGACCAUGCUCGUUCAAACGCUCAGAGCACGAUCACUCUGCCUUUCUUUUUCGAAUGGAUUCCUCCGAAAGACGAUGUGAAUAAUGCCACCAGCUCCCAGAACAAUCAAAAAGCCUCUCCGAAUGCAGAUACGAUCAGCAUGGCAACAAGUACUCGUGACGAAUCGCCAGCAUCGGCCAGCCCUAUCUCUGUACACAAACCCAGAUCGCCUCGUCGUCAAGACUUUGCUGAUACCAAUUGCCGAUCAUCGGGGAGCAUGUCAGAGAUGUCGAACCCUGCAGCCACCGCUCGAGAUGAAACUAGUGGCUUCGCGACGGGCUGGGAAAGCAUGAGGGAUGGCACACUUCGCAAUGACUCCAAAGCACAUCGCAAUUGGUUACCGUUCGAUUCAAGCCCAUAUGUCUCAACAAACCAAACAAUUGGCCCUGAGCAUGAGGUUGGAGCUUCACACCGCUCAAGCUUGGCCCGCAAUCCAGGAUCCACACCAUUCCCGUCAGGAUGCUGUUCGGUCUGCAUUUUGACAAGAGAAAUUGUCUAGCUGGCCAAGCCGCCGAAGAGAUGGCGGCCUGGUAUCCGUGAAGAUGUCUACUCGGCUGAAGGCCCUUCGGCGUUGAUGUAACGUGAUAUUGAGCGCCAUAUGAAUCCCCUUGAGCUCCGCCAAGUAUACCGUAGACUGGGUUAACGGGCCCAAGUACGCUGUAUCCUGACGUUCCACGAACCUGAUCGGGUCAA